AUAGUUACAUUGGAAAUGCAUCACCCCAAAGUAAUGAAGGUGUGCAAUUAGCUAGAUUGAAUAUGUGAUUAGAAUAUUUUCCAUGUUUUAGAUCAAUAAGACAAGUUGUUUAAUAUACUUAAUGAUGAUUAUUAUCAACAUUUAGCUAACUUUUUUUUAUUGAGCUUUGCACUCUACAAACCUUAUAAAUAUAGAUUAGCUAGUGUUAGGAACAAUACUUACAAAGAUAAAGGUUACAUUAUUUCCAGGUUUUGAGGAAAGCUCGUCAAGUAACCAAUGAUGAAGCAAAGGUUGGAGGGUAAGGUGGCACUAAUAACAGGUGCAGCCAGUGGAAUUGGCGAAGAAACGGUGAAAUUGUUCGCCGAAAAUGGAGCAUUAGUUAUUGCAGUCGACAUUCAAGAUGAAUUGGGUCAUCAAGUUGCAUCUUUAGUAGGCUUAGAUAAGGUAACCUACCAUCAUUGUGACGUGCGUGACGAAAAACAGGUUGAAGAAACAAUUAAUUUCACUUUGGAAAAACAUGGUCGCAUCGAUAUUUUGUUUAGUAAUGCAGGAAUAUUAGGCUCUUUAUCUGGAAUACUCGAGCUUGAUCUAAAUGAAUUUGAGAAAACCAUGGCUACAAAUGUUUUAGGUGCAGCCGCUACAAUUAAGCACGCGGCACGUGCCAUGGUUGCGAAAAAUAUCCGCGGAUCGAUCAUAUGUACUACUAGUGUUGCGGCUUCUAUCGGUGGAACAGGUCCUAGUGGUUAUACUGCAUCAAAACAUGCUCUUUUAGGACUUGUGAAAUCAGCAUGUAGUGAACUUGGUGGUUAUGGAAUUAGAGUUAAUAGUAUAUCACCUUUUGGUGUUGGAACACCUCUUACAUGUACAGCUUACAAUCUUGAAUCUGAAGAAGUUGAAGCUGCUAGUAGUGUUUAUGCUAAUUUGAAGGGUAUUGUGUUGAAGGCUAAGCAUAUUGCAGAAGCAGCUUUGUUUCUUGCUUCUGAUGAAGCUGUUUAUGUCAGUGGUCAUAACUUGGUGGUUGAUGGUGGUUUCUCCGUGGUUCGUAGUGCUUGACGGCGUGAUUUUAACAAAAAGUUACACUUUGAAGUUUCAAUAAAAUUACGGGAUUUCGUUAUACUCAAUAUGAUUCCAAACAUGCAUCAAAAUGUUAUAUGCAUCAAACUAUAUGACUAGAACUUUCCAUUUUCAUGUUUAAUUUGCUUUGUAAUUUAUUUUCUUGGGUUAAAGCGAAGGUUCUUAGCUACAAUGUCUCGGCCCCUCACUACUCACUACUUCCUCCGUGACAAAAUAUAAGUAAAAUUUAUCUUUUUAGGUUCAUUACAUAAUUAAUGUAUUUGGUCGAUGAGAUUUUUUUUUUUUUUUAUUGUACCCAUCUUGUGCCACCAAUUUCUUGUUUUGUAAGAUUUAUUUAUAAUUAUUGGU